CUGCCGAGAAGGAGUGAUGAGAAGAGGGGGAACCCUGCACCCCCCGAGACCACGGGUCCCUGCUGCCACUCGCCAGGCGCCCCCCUUCCUCCCGAGCGAGAGGCAGGUGUCCCACACAGAUUCUCGUGACUUUAAGGACCAGGGAUACGACGCAGGACAAGAUCUUCCCAGGAAGGAAGGAAGUCCCUGGAGGAGAGGGGCAGGACGGCAGACACUGUCCUGGGACCACAGAGCCCUAGGAGCUGUGGGGAGCUGAAGGAGCCGCAGCCGAGGCUGCCUUCUCAAGGACUCAAACUCAAGCUACUUUUCAUGAAAGAAGAGCCGCUGAAGAGGUCGCCCCAGACCUGGCUGGGCUCUUCUACUCUGGAUGUCCCCUGCUCUGAGGAGCCUGCUGCUCAGAACCAAAGAAGAUAAGAGGCCAGAUAACUUGCCCCCAAGCGCAGCACUGGCCUGGGCUGCCGGAGCCAGGCAUCUGCACCCCUAAUGGCUGGCUGCAGAGCCUGGUGAGGAGUUUCUUGUUUCCCUCCAGCUCUCAGCUUCAGUGCUUGAUGGGGCUGCCUGCCGGUGGGUCAGCUUUUGCAGCGCCUUGUAGGAGUGGAGAGCCGCGGGAAGAGGUCCCGCGGCACCCAAGCCUGGGUUCACCCCAAGACUAAAUUCUUUCCCAACUUAGAGAGGGAGAGAGAAAGCAAGCAAAAAGAGAGAGAGAGGAGUUCUCCCUUCCCCUCUUCCCUUCCCGUCAUGUCCUCUAAGCCAGAGCCAAAGGACACCCACCAGCUGAACGGGACUGGCCCUAAUCCCUCACCCUGCUCUUCCGAUGGCCCCGGGCGAGAGCCCUUGGCUGGGACCUCAGAGUUCCUGGGGCCUGAUGGGGCCGGGGUGGAGGUGGUGGUGAUUGAGUCCCGGGCCAACGCCAAGGGGGUUCGGGAGGAGGACGCCCUUCUGGAGAACGGGAGCCAGAGCAAUGAAAGUGACGACGUCAGCACAGAUCGUGGCCCCGCGCCACCCUCCCCACUCAAGGAGACCUCCUUCUCCAUCGGGCUGCAAGUGCUGUUUCCCUUCCUCCUGGCAGGCUUUGGGACUGUGGCUGCUGGCAUGGUGCUGGACAUCGUGCAGCACUGGGAAGUCUUCCAGAAAGUGACAGAGGUCUUCAUCCUGGUGCCUGCGCUGCUGGGGCUGAAGGGGAACCUGGAAAUGACCUUGGCAUCGAGGCUGUCCACUGCAGCCAACAUCGGGCACAUGGACACACCCAAGGAGCUUUGGCGGAUGAUCACUGGGAACAUGGCCCUCAUCCAGGUGCAGGCCACGGUCGUGGGCUUCCUGGCGUCCAUCGCAGCUGUCGUCUUUGGCUGGAUCCCUGAUGGCCACUUCAGUAUCCCGCACGCCUUCCUACUCUGUGCCAGCAGCGUGGCCACGGCCUUCAUCGCCUCCCUGGUCCUGGGUAUGAUCAUGAUUGGGGUCAUCAUUGGCUCUCGAAAGAUUGGAAUCAACCCAGACAAUGUGGCCACGCCCAUCGCUGCCAGCCUGGGUGACCUCAUCACCUUGGCACUGCUCUCAGGCAUCAGCUGGGGACUGUACCUGGAGCAGGAUGACUGGCAAUACAUCUACCCCCUGGUGUGUGCCUUCUUCGUGGCCCUGCUGCCUGUCUGGGUGGUGCUGGCCCGACGGAGCCCAGCCACAAGGGAGGUGUUAUACUCAGGCUGGGAGCCCGUCAUCAUUGCCAUGGCCAUCAGCAGUGUGGGAGGCCUCAUCUUGGACAAGACUGUCUCUGAUCCCAACUUUGCAGGGAUGGCUGUCUUCACGCCUGUGAUUAAUGGUGUCGGGGGCAAUCUGGUGGCAGUGCAGGCCAGCCGCAUCUCCACCUUCCUGCACAUGAAUGGGACGCCAGGGGAGAACUCUGCGCAAGCCCCUCGCCGCUGCCCCAGUCCUUGCACCACCUUCUUCAGUCCUGAUGUGAAUUCGCGCUCGGCCCGGGUCCUUUUCCUCCUCGUGGUUCCAGGCCACCUGGUGUUCCUCUACACCAUCAGCUGCAUGCAGGGCGGCCACACCACUCUCACGCUCAUCUUCAUCGUCUUCUACAUGACCGCUGCACUGCUCCAGGUGCUGAUUCUCCUGUACAUUGCUGACUGGAUGGUGCACUGGAUGUGGGGGCGCGGCCUGGACCCAGACAACUUCUCCAUCCCGUACUUGACAGCUCUGGGGGACCUGCUUGGCACUGGGCUCCUAGCACUCAGCUUCCAUGUCCUCUGGCUCAUUGGGGACCGAGACACGGAUGUCGGGGACUAGCCUGGUCACUCAGCCUUCUCCCCCACCCCUCCUGCACUUUCUAUUUGAAUUUUUUCUUUUGUUCCCUUCCCCCACCCCCAUUCCACACUCCCACCUCUUUCUAGGGACUUCACUUUGAUACCGAAUUCUCAUUAUUUUCAAUGGGAAUUUUUAUACAUUGAGCCAAGUUUGUAUAGCCAGAAUUCAGGCAGGACAGAUGGACUGAGAUGAGCAGUACAAGUAGAUUUUCGAGACAAUCACCAAGUGCAAUUUCCUGGUGGGUGCCUCCAGGCGAUGCGGAUUAGGGCAUGGGUUUUCGUAUGGGAUCUGCGGGCAUCUGGUUUAGCUUUAGCAAAUGCGGUCAUGGCCCUAAUGGGAAACCGUUUGCGAGUGGGCUCUGGUUUUUUGGGUUUUUUCUUUUCCUUCUUUUUUUUUUUUUUUUUGA